UCUUCUAGAUUUUGUGCAUUUCAAGAAAAGAAAAAAUCAAGGAAAAAAUACGACUUGACUUAUUUUAAUUACAAUAUUUAUUUAAUUUUUAGAAAUAUUUAAUAUGCAGUUUUGUAUAGCUAUAAAUAGCAAAGAACGUGUCUCAAUAAAUGCAAAUUAAUUCUCAAAAGACGUAUAUGAGCAGUAUAUAUCACUUAAUUAACGCCUAAUAAAAGGGGUGGUUAUAAAAAGAAUAUAAAUGACGGCAAAAAAGCUCGAUGUACACGAAAAUUGCAACAAAAGGAGUCGCAUAGGGAUAAAUGAGCUAACCCAUCGUACACUGCAGCUGUCGGGCGUUAACGAUAAAAAAUCAUCCGAGUGCCAUGCACAUCGAUCGCGAAAGGAAUUCCGUGGAAAAACGAGUGGGUAUAUAACGUAUGUUUCAAAGGUUAAAACACUACGUGCACUUACAACGUACUUGAACUCUGUAUCCAUUUAUGCAACUUUGUAUAGAAGCACACGCGAACGACACUGCGGUAUUUUGAACUUUUUUUUAAACUCAUCUGAAGCUUAUAAGGUUUGAGAAGAAUUUUGAAGAAUUUACAAUAUAAUUGCAUGUAAGAUUUCACUCACACAGCGUUCAGGCUCGCUUUUCUUACGGAUUUCCAAAAAAAAAUGGCGUAGCGUUGAAACGUUGCCGAUAAAUUAAUGGUAACGAGAUAAAUUAAGAGUGAUGAAGGCGCAGCGAUAGAAGCGCAGAAUUCCCGAUUUUGGAUUCGCGGUGCGAAGGCUCACUCGGGUAUAAAAGCGUCUCUUUUGUAGUUUGCCUCGGUCUGUAAUAAAGGUUCGAACCGGUAUCACCGUGGCAUUUGAAGCAAUACGCCGAUACCACGGUGCACUGCUAUCUAUAAAAGGAGGAGACGGUGGAUAAACGCUCGUCAGUAGUACCGUGCACGCAAUAUCUGAAAAACGAAGCAGUUGAGGAUGAAUCCGCAUUUAAUUAUCUUGCUGAGCCUGGCGGCGGUAAUAUCGGCGGCAAAUGAGCCGAUAGCCAUCGUCAGACAGGAGCAGGACAUCAGCCCGGACGGUAGCUACUUUCUGAGAUGGGAGAGCGCCAACGGAAUUACCUUCGAGGAGCAGGGCGUUCAGAAGAAUUCAGGCCAGAAGGACAAGGAGGCUGAGGAGGUACGCGGCUCGGCGUCCUGGACCGCGCCCGACGGGCAGAAAAUUAAUCUCGGCUGGCUGGCAGACGAGAAUGGCGCCGUUUUCCAAGGAGCGCAUCUGCCAACCCCGCCACCCACGCCGGAAAUUCCGCCUGCCAUCAAGCGCGCCCUCGACUGGAUAGCCGCUCAUCCCUACCAGGAGGAGAGAAACAAAGUGUAACUGAUGCACCUCUCGCUGCAGACACGUUGAAGGAUCGUAUUACAUACGUUUCGCUUGACAUCUAAUAAUAUGUAAAAAAAAAAGACAAGUACUUUAUAUAAAAUAUUUUGUAUGUCGGA